CGCUCCAUGGUCAUGACGAGGAUACAAUAGAACACAAUGUCAGCUCUAAGGCACAGUUUUCGAUGUCUUAGGGAGUUUCGACCGGCUUCUGGGCCCCAGUGGCCUUCUGCGACCACCGCCCUCGCUUACAGGACGAGGACGAGUUCCCCCAGCACCUCCAGGUAUCUAUCAACCACCACACCAAGACCCGCCAUUCUAGGUGACGAUAUCCACGCAGAUAAAGACAUCGCAAUCGUACCAGCGAGCCGAGAUACUCCAGGAAAAAAUGAACACAGCAGCAGCGGCGGUAAUGGCGCCAUCCAAAUCGCCUACGCUCGUGCCGUACCGCACUCGCCCUCCUACUUCUCUCGGCAGCCCAUUUUCAAUGACAGCUUCGUAGUGAUCCAAGAUCUCGCCCGGAAAUACGGACGCCUCCCUAUUCUACCUAAGGACAAGGUGGCACUCACAGCUUGGAAGACAAAGGAGCAGUACCGUCUGGCCGCCGGAGAGCACGUCAAAGGAAGGGACUACGCGACGUGCAUGACGCUGGCCAAGCGCCUAAACCAAAUUCACCCGGACCUGAAGCCCGAUGAAGUCAAGGAGGGCCUCGCGCCCUUCAUGCGCGACAUCAACUACCACAAGAACCGCCCUAAGAUCGUCCCCGUCGACCGAUUUGGCCGAUCGCACGGCGUCGGAAGGAGGAAGUCUUCUGUGGCACGAGCCUGGGUUGUCGAGGGAAACGGCGAGGUCCUUGUCAACGGCAAACCGCUAAGCGAGGCGUUUGGCCGCAUCCACGACCGCGAGAGUGCUGUUUGGGCCCUGAAAUCAACCGAUCGUUUAGAUAAGUACAAUGUGUGGGGACUGGUCGAGGGCGGCGGCACCACCGGCCAAGCUGAGGCUAUGGCACUUGCUGUCGCAAAGGCUCUCUGCACUCACGAGCCCGCGCUGAAGAAUCCGCUGAGAAGAGCUGGCUGCAUCACGCGCGAUCCUAGACGGGUGGAGAGAAAGAAGCACGGUCACGUCAAGGCCCGGAAGAUGCCCACAUGGGUCAAGAGAUAGGCGAGGAAUUUCCGGCUGCAAACAUAUUCCGGGAAGGAGGUUUGUUCUACGUGAUGGCCAACCUUCACUUAUUUACAUUCAGCCUUGUUGGUCUGGUCUCGGCUUGCGAUUCCUCGGGUUUGGGCAGGGGUUCAGUGGGUUAUCAUCGAAGACGAGGCAUGUGUACUAUGUUGUGUAGGCUAAGUAACUCUUUGUAUCAAGAAGAUGAGCUCGGAAUGGAAGGUACAAGUGGCGGGUGUUAGCGGACAAACUAGCCAAGAUGGAAGGGUUCCCAUGAACCCCAAGCAGUAUACGAGUAGUCCAUGCUUGAGCAGCAGCGCGGAAACCAACACGACACUGCGGUAAUUAAUAACAACCC